ACACACAUACUUCACCACCUUCUCUAACUUUGUCUCUCUCUCUCUCUUAAUAUCAAUUUAGCUAGCAAGCACAACUUUUCUUAGUGUGCAAAUGGCAGGCCGAUUUCUAAGCAUUUUUCUUUUGAUGAUACAUAUGUUGCUUCUUAGCUCAUCUCAAGCAGCAGCAAAGGAAUUUCAUGUUGGUGGCAACGAUGGAUGGGUGCUGAAACCUUCUGAAGAUUACAAACAUUGGGCUCAGAGAAACAGAUUUCAAGUGAAUGAUACUCUAUAUUUCAAGUACAAGAAAGGGAUUGAUUGGGUUCUUGUUGUGAACAAGGAGGACUAUGAUUUGUGCAACACAAGCAACCCCAUAAAAAAGAUGGACGGUGGGAAUUCAUUUUUUAACCUCGAGAAAUCAGGUCUUUAUUUCUUCAUCAGUGGAAACAUUGACCACUGCAAAAAUGGUCAAAAACUCGUAGUCCUAGUUAUGGCCAUGAAGCACACUGCUCAUGCACCACCAUCUGAGGCACCAGAAAUUCAAUAUGUUGGUUUCACUGGUCCGACACCAUCACCGUUCGAGGCUUCAGGCUCCGUGAAGUUUGGUGGUUCAGUGGGUGUGGGUUUGGGUGUGUGGAUUGGAGUUGUUAUGAGUGUCAUCAACUUUAUAUGAGUUAUUAUGCUUUAAUUUAAUGUGGUAUUAUCAACCUUGUCAUUCAGUGUAUUGAAAAUUAAUGAUUGUAACAUUCUUAUUAAGGGAUUUAUAUAUUAUAUGAGUGUUUAAACUUUGGUCA